AUGUCUGACCCAAACACCAACCCCUUCAUCGCACUCCACCAGACCCUGUCCCAGCCCCUCUCAGACUAUGACUCAGUCAAUCCAACAUCCCCCACCCUCUACUCCAUACCCUUGAAACCUACCUCGCAAAGCCCCUCCGCAGCGACCUUAAGCAGCCCACAUCCAUCCGCACAGCAAACAGAAAACGCCGCCCCGUCACAAAUCCCGAACAAAGAAUCUCUACCCGGCCACACCCCGCGCGACGCCCCUCAAUCCUCGAGGCCGCCAUCGACAGAUGAUAUCUACACCUUACUACUGAAAAUGGGGCAAGUGCAGGAUACUAUGCGCACCAGCAUCGCGAACCUAGAAGCCGUCAUCGCGCGCGCCCUGCACGACACCACCUCACCACCGCAGGAUCAGAACAACGAGACGGACGCCGCCAACACGCGCAACACCAGGCCCGCGGUGCCUGAGGACGCCACCAAAUCUCACUUACAUGCUGGUAUAACGCGCGCACGUGUCGCUUCCCCUCCCCCACCUCGACAGACCGUCUACACACGCGGUUCGCAUGCGCCUGAUAAGAUGACACGCUUGGAAGCCGCUCCUGCGCAACUGGAGCGGGAGAAUGCAGCGCUGAGGGAGGAGGUAGAGGGUUUGAAGAGGGCGAAUAGGAGGCUUAGGACGGAGUGGAGGAGGAAUGCCAUGUUGCAGGGUUUGAGGUGGAUUGGGCAGGAUUUUUAAUCGUUGCAGAGGUGGGUAGAAGGAGCGGUGCUGGGGUGGGUUUAUGUGAGAAGGGUGAGAUGGUGAUAUGUGCGGCAUUUCGAAGUCGACGAGCCGACUGAUGCUGCUAGAAGUGUCUGGGUAGGGUGGGGGUCUGGGUC